UGACAGUUCCCAUGAAUGUUGUGGAAUUUCAUUGAUUAUCCUGAUGUUCAGUUGAUGAGACCUGGGCAGAGGCAGUCAUGUACAACUAUGAACUUAGAGAAAUUGUUGGCUCUAGAACAGGAAGAAGUGACAAUAGCUUUAGAUACUCGGCAAAGAUUUCAUUCUGAAGGUUGUGAUGACAACUAUCGCCACCAUCGGUUGCAGCUUCCUCUGGAGUUCCCCUCAAUGCUCCAUCGUGGGGAAGCAUUGCUUAAGAGUUCCAAUCGCAAUUCUCACAGCAGCGAUUCUUCCUCUGCAUAUUCGGGGUCAGACACAAUGCAGUCAGUUCAUUCUUCACUGGAAGAUCAGGAGGUGGAUUUGUCUGGACUUAUUGAAAGCAUUGUUGAUUCUGAUGAAGAGGAGGACCUAGCCGAGUCCUUAAAUAGUCUUACAGUCAGGGACACAGUGAGGGAGUGUUUAGAGAAAGACCCUUGUGAGCGAACAGAAGAUGAUAUCGAAGUAUUACUAGAGUUCAUGCAACAUUUGCCAGCAUUUGCCAAUAUGACAUUAACAAUACGGAGAGCGCUGUGUGCCGUAAUGGUCUUUGCUGUAGUAGAGAAAGCGGGAACAGUCGUUAUGAAUGAUGGCGAAGAAUUAGAUUCCUGGUCUGUGAUUGUUAAUGGCCAUGUUGAAGUUGAGUAUCCAGAUGGAAGAGUGGAAGAACUUCAUCUUGGUGACAGUUUUGGCAUCACUCCAACAACAGAAAAAAUGUAUCAUCAAGGUGUCAUGCGAACAAAAGUCGAUGACUGCCAAUUUGUCUGCAUUGCACAAAGUGAUUACUAUAGAAUUCUGCAUCAAGGUGAAGAAAAUACCAGGAAGCAUGAAGAAGAUGGUGAGGUUGUACUAGUCACUGAACAUAGGGUUCUUGAUGGUGGAAGUCGAAGAGGACACAUUGUCAUAAGGGGUACUGUUGAACGAUUAAUGGCCCAUUUGGUUGAAGAUAAUGCUUUAGAUCCGAGUUACGUCGAAGAUUUUCUACUUACCUAUCGAACAUUUAUUUCAAAUCCUCUCAGUAUCACAGAAAAUCUUCUUAGGUGGUUUGCAGAUGCAAAUCUCAGGGAUAAGGUUACCAGAGUGGUCCUUUUGUGGGUCAACAACCAUUUCACAGAUUUCGAAACGGAUCCUGAAAUGAUGGAAUUUCUGGAGAAGUUUGAGGCUGGGUUAGAAAAAGAAAAAAUGCAAAGCCAACUGAGGCUGCUUAAUAUUGCCUGUGCCACUAAAGCUCGCAACAGAACCGUCACUUUGGCCAGAUCAACUCGAGAUGAAGUAUUGCAUUUUCAUAUCCUUGGUGGCUAUGAAAGAGGAUUUGGUGUUUUUGUGUCUAAGGUUGACAAAGGGUCCAAAGCAGAAGAGGUUGGACUGAAAAGAGGUGACCAGAUUUUAGAAGUAAAUGGACAAAGUUUUGAGCACAUGAGUCAUGCACGUGCAUUAGAAGUCCUUAGAGGCACAACACACCUCUGCAUCACUGUGAGGUCUAAUUUAUUAGGUUUUAAAGAAAUGCUAAAUACUCCAGAAAAUUCUCCACGACCCAGGAGUCGAAAAGCUUCCGAAAUUGCUAGGCUUCAGCACGAUCCUCAAGCAAGGUUAUCAACCCAUCUGGAGUGGGGAGACAUUGGCUUUCCUUUGGGUGUUAGCGGGUAUCCCCUUGGUGUUGUCCCAAUUUUUCAGACACCAAGUUCUCCUCCCAUAAAGGCAGUCAGAUCUAAUAGUAAUAACAGUGGAGAUUUGAAAAAAGAAGAUAAAAAAGGAUUUAUGACUCUAGGACACAGAGCUAAACUCAAGAAAGCUCUCGUAAAAAUGAUAAUACCAAAGACACUGAACCAUGAAUCUCAACUUAAUAGUUCUGAUGAUAGUUUGUAUUCGAUACACAGUGGUAGUAGUGGUGGUUCUGGAGGUUUGGGCAUAAGGACUGCCUCGCCCCACCGAACUGGCGGUGGAACAUUGUACCAUAGUCACAGCAAUCCAGAUCUUUCAUCAGUUACUGCCUUAAGUGAACAACCACUAACUCUCGACUAUCCUGAGCAUGUCCUGAAAGUUUAUAAAUCUGAUCAAACCUUUAAGUUCCUUCUAGUUCACAAAGAAACAACUGCUCGAGAAGUUGUAAUGCUUUCAUUACGAGAAUUUGGUAUUACAGAUCCCAGUAGCAACUAUUCAUUACGGGAAGUUUCUGUUGGAGACGGUGGAGUAGUAAAGCAGCGUAGGUUACCGGAUCAACUUCAGAAUUUAGCUGAAAGAAUUGGUCUAAAUAGUCGAUAUUAUUUAAAAAACAAUGCUUCAACCGAGCCGCUUGUUCCGGAUGAAUUAGCCACAGAGCUUCUGCGUGAAAGUCAAGUGCACUUCUUACAACUAAACAGCGUAGAAGUAGCCACACAAUUAACUCUUGAAGAUUUUAGCACAUUUAGGCAAAUUGAACCCACAGAAUAUAUUGAUGAUUUAUUUGAAGUUUCUUCUAAAUAUGGAACACCUCAGCUUUCCAAGUUUGCAGAGCUGGUUAAUCGGGAGAUGUUUUGGGUAGUCACGGAAGUAUGUGCAGAACAUCAGUUGAUCAGAAGAAUGAGAAUUGUUAAGCAGUUUAUUAAAGUAGCAAGGCAAUGUAAAGUAUGCAAAAAUUUCAAUUCUAUGUUUGCAAUUUUAUGUGGCUUGGGACAUGGUGCUGUCUCCAGGCUUAGAAGCACAUGGGAAAAACUGCCAACAAAGUAUCAAAAAAUAUUUUCAGACUUGCAAGAUCUGAUGGAUCCAUCGCGAAACAUGUGUAAAUAUAGAAAUCUUUUAAAUAGUGAACAUACUCAGCCACCAAUUAUACCAUUUUAUCCAGUUGUGAAAAAAGAUCUGACAUUUAUCCAUCUUGGAAAUGACACUUUUGUAGAUAACUUGGUGAAUUUUGAAAAACUUCGAAUGAUUGCUAAAGAAAUUCGACAGUUGAUGAACAUGUGUUCUGCACCAUAUGAUUUAUUUAACAUGUUGGAAAUUGGAGGAGCUCAUCCAACUGCUGCUAUGGCUUCCCUUAACAGCUUUGUCACCACAACGAAUGCUGCAACUGUGAAAAAGAGGAAGAAGAGUACUGCACAGCCCAAUCCUAAAAAAAUGUUUGAAGAGGCCCAGAUGGUUCGCCGAGUCAAAACAUAUCUUUCCAAUCUGAAAGUAAUUUCGGACGAAGAGAAGCUGAGGACAAUGUCUUUGGAAUGCGAACCCACAACAAGUUCUGUACCAUUAGUCAUACCUGUUGCUCCUCAAGUCCAGCAGCCGAGGAAAAGGCAUCCAUCUCCUACGUUAUCCACCACAAGUAGUAACAGCAGUACAUCUGAAGGGAAAAAAUCACUUAGUGCUGGUCCCAAAUUUGGUGCAGACUCUCCCCAAGCUGUUCGAAAGUUGCUAGCACUUUCGGAUCAGAGCAAAGUACGUCCUCAUCAACCCCCGCGCCAUCAUCAUUCCCUAUCCCCAUCUCCAUCUCCGAAUGCCAUUCGAAGAAAGCAUGAUGGACGACAGGGUCAUGGCCGAUCACAUAGUGAUACAGCAAACCCUUCAGUUCUACCUGUGGAUUUGAGUGCUGAGAGCUCGAGCGUCACUGCACUUAGCAACCUGCCAUUGAGGAAGUCGCAGACUUCGGGUUCAGUGACAUCAAGUGAUAGUAGCAGCACAGGCAGUUAUCAUCACCAUCCCCUUUAUGAAAUAGAUUCUGGUCAUGCUACGAGCUUGGACAGCCACAGUAGCAGUUCUUUAGGCUCUUCCAAUUCUCCCCCACAGCAAAGAAAUCAGCACAUUGUGUCACACUCGCCACCAAUUAUGCGGAUGAGAUCCUUUCCCCACAUGAGUAUCAUGCCAACAAUACCGGGAUCCCAAGUUGUGCCACAUCCAUCUCAUAUUCUUCCUCCACCCCCGCCACCGAGAAGUGCUCCUCCCCCUCCUUAUCCUCGAUCCCAGCGACCACCAGAUUAUUCUAUAGCCGCACAAAUGGCUGCGAGGAGUAGACAGCAGCUAGUCCUUGGCAGAGCUCAUAGUGUAGAGGGCACAUCAAACUAUUAUGGCGAUGUCACAGAUCCUGAUGAUGAUGAUGAUGAAACUCAAGUAUCUGCAGUAUGAAUUCCAUCCUGAAAGUUAACAGGAAAUUUUAAGUUACGGGUUUAUGCGAUAUUAAGUAUCAAGGACUCGCUUCAAGUCUCAUUUUCUCAGCAAAGCCCCAAUUUGCUAGGCUGAAAGAAAAUGCCAGUGAAAUCAAAAUUUCUUUUUAUACAAGAGAGACUUUGCCUGCAAAAAGGCAGCAUUAAGGCUACUGAGAUUGUACCAAAGAAUGAGUGCACUAAGGACAAAAACAUCUGUUGCUGGAAUGAUUAUAUAUUCCUGUUUUUAAGACUCAUCACAACAAGAUGUUUUAACCCCAGUUAGAUACUUUUAUACAUCUAUUUGAAUGUGCUUGCUUGUGUGUGUAAUCAGUCUUGUACAUAUAGACACAUAGUGAUAUUGACCAAGUAGGUGCAGAGAAAAAUGUAUGUAAAGUUAGUUUCUAUGAUGCAGUGAUUCUCUGUAAACAUACUGCAUGAUAUACUCAAAAUGAACUAUUUUAUCAAAUGGUAAAUUAGUACAAAUUAUGUAAAUGCAAGUUUUAACUUUGUACUCAUCAAAACUGUGUAGAGCCUCUUUAUACAUUAUCAUCUUUCAUUUAUUUGUAUCAGUGUUUUGAAAGCUUUUAUGUUUAUGGAGUUUCAUGUAAAAUUACAUUCUAAAUAAGCAAAGUCUUUCAAAGAA